UCCGUGCCUAAGUUUAGCCACACCCAGGAGCUAGUUAGGUGAAUAGUGUGGGACAUGCGCAGGAUUUUAGCCCGUGAACUGGGAGGUGCUCCAGAGUAGGCUCCAUCUGCAAAGCUCUAGCAAUGGAGAGCAAAUACUUCUACUUCGACCUCGACUAUUACGGGGUAAGCUUCUAUGAGGAAGUAAUAGUGACUGAAUCUCAGCAGAGGGCUGAGGCCAGGGCAGCCCAUUGUCACUUUGGAAGAGGUGUAAGAGACCUGCAUGAGCUGGGCCAGGACGACCACCCGACCUUUAAAUACAAGCAACCUUACAGCUCUAAAACAAGAAAGGAAACACAAGCCCGUCCCAAAGAGCCCACGAAAGCAGCUGGAGCAGUUUCUCGUCGCUCCAACAACAGGCAAAUAAAAAACAAGAAGUUCACCAAUGCCCAAAUGUGUGAACUAGAGAAGGCUUUCCAAGAGACCCAGUAUCCUGAUGCACACCAAAGAAAAGCACUUGCAAAACUUAUUGAUGUGGAUGAAUGCAAGGUGAAGUCUUGGUUUAAAAAUAAUAGAGCUAAAUACAGGCGAAAACAUAAGGAGUUACUACUUAGCAAUGCUACAUCUGGAACCUCGAACAACUUUUCGGCUCAGAUGAAAGAAGACCCCAAGAGUAGUACCUCUCUUCCUGAGGAGCCCAUAGGGUUCAUCGUGUGCCAGCAACAUCUUGGCAAAUCCUGCUGGUCAUGAAGAGAUUGUUUUGUCACAUAUAAUAGCAAUAAAGGAGAUGUUCAUCCAAA